AGACAUGCUGAAGACGCCUAACAUUAAAUGAUUACAGGAAGAUGAAGUCAUAAUUUGAGAUUUUAAAAUUCCUCAAAAGUAAUUCCUCCUUCCAUUUAGAUGGCUGGAGACGUGAAGAGGAAGGACAAUGCCUGAGGAGACUCAGGGCCCCCACUUCCUUCCUGUGUUGGCAGUCUCGGGGGUUGGGCUGCUUCUCUCCAUUUAUAUUCUAAUUCUCUGUGUUUGUGGUAAAAAUAAAGAAAAGAAGGAAGGAAAUACAGAAGAGACAGCACAACUAAGAAAUGGGACAGAUUCACAGGUGAAUAGCAUUGCAAUAAAUGUAGAUGACAGUGUUACGGUUUUACAAGGUCCAACAGCUAAUGGAAAUAACAGAUAUAGUGGAGGAAGUCCUAAAGGUGGCUCCUCCCCUCACCCUCCAGGGACCAAUCACAGAGAGCUGCCUCAGCCCCCUACCUCCAGUAGGAACACCAUUGGAGGGAGGGCCAAUCCAUUCCAAGGUGAUGCUAGAAAUAAGAGAAACACAAUAGGAGAGGCUGGACUGACAGAGGAUCAGGAUGAUUAUGACCACCUGAUGCGACAAGGAUUCCAGAAAAACAACCUGAGGAGGUCUAAUUAUGAUCACAUACAACUUGGGGAAGAUGGUCAAUUCCAUGUUCAAGCUAGGAAGUCUGAUGCUCCUGCAACAGAGGAAAUGCCUGAGAAUGACUAUGCUGAAGUGGAGAGGGAGAAUAUCUAUGAAGGUGUGAAAGACAAGCAGCCAGAAACAGAAACUAAGGUCCAGGCACCGGCUUCUUCACUGGUGAAGAAACCAUAUGAUCCAUAUUCCAGUGUGAAUGACGAGGAGGAUGAUUCUGGUGAUCUGGAACCUGAAAAGAAACCAUAUGAUCCAUAUUCAAAGUUGAAAGGUGAUUCUAAUUCUGGAUCUUUUAAAAAGAAGACUGAGAAUGAGGAAAAUGUCAGAGCUAGCUCAAAGGUUAAAAAAAAGGAAUAUGAUCCAUACUCUAGUGUGAAGGAUGGGGACUCAAAUUCAGGCUCUUUUACUGCAAAACCUUAUGAUCCAUAUGCUCGUGUGAAAGAUGACAAAGAUGAAUCUAGUGGAGGGACAUUCAAGGACAUAGAUCCUUAUUCUACUGUUAAAGAAGAGAGGACACCAAGGGGUAAGGGUAAAGAUGACCCCUAUACUAAGGUCAAGGAUAUGGCAAGAAAUGACUCAUCUGUUGAUGAUAAUGAAGACCCGUAUAAUAAGGUUGUAGAUGAUCCUUACAAUAAAGUGAAAGGUGAUGAUCCUUACAAUAAAGUGAAAGGUGAUGAUCCUUAUAACAAGGUAAAGGAGGAUGAUCCUUAUAACACUGUCAAAGGUGAUGAUCCAUACAACAAAGUGAAGGAUGAAGAGCCAGAAGAUCCUUAUAAUAGUGUUGAUGAAGACGAAGGAUCUCCUGAAGGUGCAGAAGGUCAGACUCAUGAUCGCCCUACAUCUUAUCAGUAUUCCACAGUCAACAAAGUUAAUCAAGAACUGAAAGGAGAAGGUUUUAGUGUGGUGGGGGAGUAUGCACAGGUUAUAAAGAACAAGGACUCUGAAGCUAAUGCUAACAGACCCCUUCCCACCCCGGCAGCUAAUCUUACUAACAGGGAGACAGACCCUUAUCAGUUGCCUCCAGAACCACCCAGGCGGUACCAGGAGGAUUACAGUGAAGAGGGAAGUCAGUCAGGGAUGUCUCAUUCUACAAAUAAUCACCCUACUGUUAUGACAGGUGGGGCCACAGGUGGAGCCACAGGUGGCAAUGAAGCAACUGCUGGUACCGUGGCUCCAGCAGCAACAAACAACUCAGGCAGCAUAGCAACAGAACCUACAAAGCGUAAGGAGCCACCAUACCACAAACUGACUGCCCGGGAGUCCAUGGCUAGCAUCAAUGCCAGGCGGGCCCUCAACACUUAUGAAGAGGUUCCUGAUAAAGAGAAUAUGUAUGCUACGGUGGAGGGAGGAUCUGGGGAUGGAGUAGUGACUUCCAGGGGUGCAGCACAGAACAGCCUAAGACCAAUAAGACAGGAACUGUAUGAAGAAAUUCCUAAUGGGGAUCAGCUUCCAGCGCCUGCCCCUCCCUCCCUGGACACCCUUCACCUGAUGACUGAGGGUAAAUCUAGACUGUCGGGUGAUACAGAUGGCAGUAACCGUUCAUCUUAUUCAGAAAGCCAGAAAUCACCAGGGGGUACCACCAGUCCUCGGUAUUCCACAGGUUCCACAGAAGCUGUAUCCACUGGCAUGGUGAAUCCAGCAUUCGAUGGCGACCCAGAUUCCAUGGGGAUAUCACUGGACCCAAAUUAUACAACAGUGAGGGACUGCAUUCCUGAUAGACAAGUGGAGGGUGAUCCUAAUUAUGAGAGUGUGGAGGAGGUCAAAUCUAAAGUACAAGAAGUGGAAGAGGAGAAACAGAGGCAGGCCAUGAGGGAGCGCAAGAAACGUUUACAUGUGUACGAGGAGGUGAGGGAAGGGGAGACAAAUCCUGUGAAGGAGCGGGUGUUAAGGGGACACAUGUAUGAGGACUUGGAUGGUGUCAAAACACAGAAACAACAGCUCAGUAAAAAAGAGGAGGAUAGUAAUGAUUCUGAUGUGUGGAAGAGAAGAUCUGAUGUAUUCAGUGAAAAAUUGUAACUGCCAUGCUCUAAAUCUUAACUCUUGUCUUUAAAUAUCAAUGAAAAUCAAUUGUUUUUUGUACAUUUUUUUGUUCAGUUGUGAUAUCCUUCGUAAUGUCUUUUUACUUUGUACUGUUUUACAAUUUUUAUAUUUUACUUUUGUUAAACAUACAGUAUGUGUAAUUUCUGCAUCAUAAUAUAAAACAGCUGGUAUCCAACUCAAUUGAUACACCAAGAAUAUUGUUUUCAAAGUAUUCCUGAUUUUUUUUUAAGUCUACUUACUUGUAUCUUUUCUUGUUUUAAUUUUAAAAUUUUCUGGUGCAAAAUAGAAAUAAUUGACUUUUAUCACUACAUGCAAUAUGAUUUAUCUGUAAUAGGUCUUUCAGUAAAAAUAACAUACAGUGAAAUUUGUUCACACUAUAGGUUGACCGUGCAUGGCAAGAUGAAUUUUUAAUUGAAAAGUACCAUCACCAAAUUGAAGGGGUAGCAGUACUUAUAAAAAUUUAAGAAUAUAUGACACUCAGAAUUUGCUUCUGGUUUAAAUAAACCAGUAUUAAAAACUUUGAAUUCUCUGGUGCAAAUUUAUAUAUAGUCAUAUAUCAAUAAUUUUGAGGAAGGACUACUUAAAGAUACAUACCGGGUACUUCAUUUCAAAAGAAAAAUGAGCAUUUCAGUUGUAUCAUCUUAGGAAAUUAAAAAUUAGAAUAUCAUGAUUUUAACACAAAACAACAUUUUAAUAUUAUUUACUUAUAUCUUUAACAAUGAUUUUUCAAAAUUAAGAAUCAUCUGAUUGAGCUCAUCUUCAGUUUACUUUGUAUGAUAGAGACAUACUUUAUGUUAUGCAUGAAAUAUAUUUCCUACAAAGAGACCAAAGACUUUAACCCAUUCUGAAAACACAUACAUGUAUACAUAUAUAUAUCGUUACUUUGUUUUCAUUAUUUGUUAAAAAUUCUUGUUACUUUCAUAUUUUGAGACAUUACAUUAUUUCAGGAAAAAUCAUUUUAGGAAAAAAAAAUUGUCAAACAUAAAAUAUCAUAUGAUGGAUAAAUGUUCUUAAACUUGUUGAAAUCCAAGUGCACAUGUACUGAUUGAAUUAGAUUGUAUUAAUUCAAUGCUACAAAUAACUAUUUGACUGAUGUUACAUGUAUUUAGUUAUACCUAUGUAUUCCAGUAUUUGCACAUAUUUGUAAUUUCCUGACUAGUGAUCCAGUUGCUUAAAUAAUUAUUGAAGUAAGUAUUAUAAAAAAAAUAUAUUAAGUAAUCUUAAAAAAAUUAUGUUUCACAUAUCAUAAAUUAGACUUUACCCCAUGAAUUAUCAUUCAGACAGGUAUAAAUUUAAUAAAAGAAAAUCAGUUUAUUCUUGGUAUAUAUACAAUGUAUAUAUUAUCCAAAUUUAUACAUUUUGAAUUGUUAACUUGUAUGCCUUGGCUAUGGAUAUUCUGCUAAAUUAAUUUUCCUCAUUUAAUCCCCCCCACCCCACCCCAGAUUGCAUUGGUCAGUGAUUAAGGGUUAUUUAUUUUAACAAACAAUACAUUUUACUUUGUAAAAACCUUCAUAAGCCCUGGGUAAUUUUAUUUUUCAUAUUUACAACUUGUAGUAAAAAUUUAGUUGUAGAAUUGCCCUUCUUAAACAUCAGCUUUUUAUAAUUCAAAAGACUUAUUUAUUCAGAACUACUAUCGCAAAAUAGGACUUACGUGUUGUGAAGUACAGUGUAAAAACAUGAAAUAAAAUUCAAAAUAUAUUAUGUGUAUAUUGUUCGUUAUUUAAACAUAAAGUGUAAGAUUCACAGA